AACCCGACUGCUCCGAAGCAUCUUCGAAGGCGGCAAAGUGAUUGCUGUAGAUUACGAUUUAUAGGUUAGAUUUGUAAUAUGCUGGACGGAUACGAUACAACGGUGUAUUUAGUGGCGGUUGCCGGUGGCAAACGUCGGAUGUUUGGUUUCUAAUGGCCCAGGUCUUGCGUUAUGGAAUACGAAAAAAUUUCGCGGUCAUUUCGUUUUUGAUCGUUUCCACCGCCGAAUAUUGCGAGAAAAUAUCUCAAGGAUUGCUGAAUAGUGCAUCAAGGAAAAAACAACGAAUCCUCAUACAUCGGUGCGAGUCUGUCGGCGAAGUUAUCGCCACUCAUGAAAAUCUUCACGUCGAUUUCAUCGUAUUUGCAAUCGAUUCGCGGCUCACGCUAUCUUUGAAAGAGGUCGAGAAGAAUAUUCUGCUGGUUGAUCAGAGUUUUAUAUUAUUUAGUAGCACCUGUUUAGUAAAUGGUAACAACAUAUCGUCAAAUGCUAUGGGUGUGACGCAAGAUCAGAUUUUGGAAGUUUGCGACAAGUACAAUCUUCGGCUUCUCAAUUCGAAUGUCAAUGUACCGGAGGAUUGUCUGUAUUUGGGUGACCAAAUUAUCAAUUUAUCUUGCGCAGUUCUUGGUCAGAAAAGCGGAUUGCCAUUGUUAAACAUCCGUGAUCAAUAUACAUCAAUGUACAUCGUUGAUGAUUCUGUGGCAUAAAUGUGCAGUUCAGAUUAUCAACAAACGGAAGAUAUAAUGAAGAAAGCUGGUGCGAAACCUCAGUGCCAGACUUAUACUUCAAGUCAAGAAGAUACCGACAAUGAUAGUGACGAAACAGAGUGUAGUAUUGGUAGCAAUUCGACUGCAGGAACGCAUCGAAGCGAUACUCCGACUCGCAGUGCUCGUUAUAAGAAGAAGGGAAGACGACGAAGUAAAACGGCGAAGAACAAGUCUGUGAAUGACAAACCGAUGUAUAAAUACUGUUGUAGCGUCAAGGAAGACCAUGGGCAGCCUUUGUUUGGGGCUCAGUUCAAUCACCACCUCAAAGAAGGCGAACCGAUGAUAUUUGCAUCGGUGGGAAGUAACAGAGUCAGCAUUUACGAAUGUCCUGAGGGAAACAAUAUCAGGCUUCGGCAAUGUUACGCUGAUCCUGACAGUGAAGAAAAUUUCUACACAUGUGUAUGGACCUACGAUGAUUCGGGAAAACCUUUAUUAGCCGUCGCAGGCUCUCGAGGAGUGAUUAGAGUAAUUAGUACUGUAACUAUGACGUGCAUUAAGCACUACAUUGGUCACGGUCAUGCAAUUAAUGAGCUGAAGAUUCAUCCAAAGGAUCCAAACAUCCUUCUUUCAGCUUCGAAAGAUCACGCUCUACGUUUAUGGAAUAUUAAGACUGAUGUUUGCAUAGCAAUAUUUGGAGGUGUCGAAGGUCACAGGGAUGAGGUCUUGAGCGCAGACUUUGAUAUGACGGGACAACGGAUAAUAUCUUGCGGCAUGGAUCACGCGUUGAAACUUUGGUCGCUUGAUAAAGGGGAAAUGCUGGAUGCUAUCAAGCAGUCGUAUUACUGCAAUCCGACCCGCAACGGGAGACCUUUUGACUCGAUUCUGCAACAUUUUCCCGACUUCACAACAAGAGAUGUACAUCGCAAUUAUGUGGACUGCGUUAAAUGGUACGGAGACUUCAUACUCAGUAAAUCUUGCGAAAAUUGUAUCGUAUGCUGGAAACCUGGACGAUUAGAAGAUACCCAACUUCGAAACGGCGAAACAAGCGCCACUGUACUGCAUCGCUUUGAAUUCAAGGAAUGCGAUAUAUGGUUUAUAAGAUUCUCCAUGGAUUUCUGGCUGAGGACAAUAGCGCUUGGCAACCAAGCUGGUCGUACGUAUGUGUGGGACCUGGAGGUUGAUGAACCAGGCCAAGCUCGAUGUUGCACAUUGGAACAUCCUCGGUGCACCGCACCAAUACGACAAACUAGCUUGAGCAGAGACGGUUCUGUACUUCUGUGCGUGUGCGAUGAUGCCACAAUAUGGAGAUGGAACAGGGAUCAUUGACCCCUCUGAGGAAUACAAUAUUCCUGAAUUAUG